AUGCUGCCCACCACCAUCCCUGAGAUUCAGCGCCAAAACCUUAGUAACACAAUAUUGAUGUUAAAGGCAAUGGGUAUCAAUGACCUCCUCCACUUCGACUUCAUGGACCCGCCACCAACGAACACCCUUUUGACAGCACUUGAGGAAUUGUUUUCGUUAGGCGCCCUCGACGAUGAGGGCCUACUUACGCGUCUCGGUCGUCAGAUGGCCGACUUCCCCAUGGAUCCGUCUCUCUCCAAGGCCCUUAUUAAGUCAGUGGAGAUGAACUGCUCAGAGGAGAUCCUUACGAUCGUUGCUAUGAUCAGUGCUACGCAGAACAUCUUCCAUAGGCCUCGAGACAAGCAGCAGCAGGCAGACCAGAAGAAGGCUAAAUUCCACGACCCCUCAGGCGAUCACCAGACUCUGCUAAACGUGUAUAAUGGGUGGAAGGCGUCAGGGUAUUCAGUGCCAUGGUGUCACGAAAAUUACAUUAUGCCGCGCAACAUGGCCCGAGUGAAGGAUGUCCGCGUUCAGCUACAGCAGAUCAUGGCUAGACACAAGCAUCAAAUCGUCUCGUGCGGCCGCAACACCAUCAAAGUCCGCCAAGCCCUCUGUAGCGGCUUCUUCCGCAAUAGCGCGCGCAAGGACCCCAGCGAAGGCUACAAGACCCUCGUCGAAGGCACUCCCGUCUUCCUACACCCAUCUAGCGCGCUCUUCGGAAAGCCCGCCGAGCACGUCAUCUACCAAUGGCUUGUGGAGACGACUAAGGAAUACAUGCACGUGGUCAGCGCAAUCGAGCCGAAGUGGUUGGUAGAGGCCGCCCCGACAUUCUUCAAGGUGGCGCCGACGGAUCGGCUGAGCAAGAGGAAGAAGGCGGAGCGCAUUCAGCCGCUGCACAAUAAGUUUGCGGGCGAGGACGAUUGGAGGUUGAGGCCCGCUCCACUCCGCAAAUCCACAUCAUAA